AUGGAAAAUGUAAACGUUAAUGAUACUGUCAUGAUUUAUGGCCAUAAGGCAACAAUAGAACAUAUUCAAGAUGUUGCAACUGGAAAAAAUAAUUCAGAACCCAAAAAGAUAUAUGUAGCAAAAUUUGUCUAUAGGAAUGGGUACACAGAUGGUGUGUAUAAAAACGAAAGGAUAUUCACCCCAGAUAAUGGAGUCCUCGUCAUAUUCUGUUCUCGAAAUUCGAUUAGGCCAUUCUCAGAAGAAGAAAGCGCUUCUAUAAAAAUACAAAAAACGUUUAGAGGAUACAAAGCCAGGAAAGAGUUCCAUUUCUCUACAUGUUCCUUAAUCUGGAGAAAAUUUGAACACCUUCAUGAAAACAUGAUUCUCAACAAUCACGACGAAAUUUAUAAACCCCUCAUCAAAGUGAUAAGUGAAGAUAUAAAGAAUGGGAAAAUUCAGUUUUCUUCAAAAUGCUUUUCAAGUAAUUCAAAUCAGUUCUCUAGAGUUUCUACUACAUCCUACGAGCCAUCUGCAUAUGAUGAAAAUGUACCUAUACUGAAAGACAAAAUUGACAAAACCUUUGCCAUGGAACUUUUCCAUUUUUAUUUAACAACAAAAAAUUAUAUCCUUCCGAACAAUUUAGUUUGUAAAAUUCUGAUGAAAACUCAAAAAAUGCUAGAGGAAAAUAUAAAGAGUUCAGUUAUACAUCUGGACAUGACGAAAAAGUCCAAGGAUACUAAGCUCAUAGUCCUGGGAGAUGUACACGGCCAACUGAACGAUGUCCUUUGGCUCUUCAAUCGAUUUGGUUUACCUUCAUCGAACAACAUAUAUGUCUUUAAUGGAGAUAUAGCAGAUCGAGGAGAAAAUGCCACCGAAAUAUUUCUUCUUCUUUUCACUUUUAAAUUAUGCAAUUAUGACAGUGUUAUAAUUAACAGAGGGAAUCAUGAGUGUUCCUAUAUGAACGAAGUUUACGGAUUCUACAAUGAAGUCCUUUCCAAAUAUGACAAUGCUGUUUUCGAUCUAUUCCAGGGAAUUUUUCAGUUACUUGGAUUAGCUGUGAAUAUUCAAAAUCAGAUUUUUGUAGUGCAUGGAGGAUUGAGCAGGUACCAAGACAUAACGCUGAAAGACAUAGACGAACUUAACAGGAAAAAGCAUGAGAUUCUUCAUCCAGAGGAAUAUGAAGAUACCAUUAUUUUUGAUUUGUUAUGGUCUGAUCCACAAAAAAAAAAUGGAAUUGGAAGCAAUGCAAGAGGGAAUAACUGUAUAACAUUUGGGCCUGACAUCACGGAACUAUUUUUAAAAAACAACAAUUUAGACAUAUUAAUUCGAUCCCAUCAAGUACCUAAAACGUUAAAAGGUAUUGAAAGUCAUCAUGAAGGAAAGUGUAUUACCUUGUUUUCUGCUUCUAAUUAUUGUAAUAAAAUAAAAAAUCUAGGUGCAGCCAUUGUAUUUAAUCAAGACUUAACAUUAGAAGUGCAAGAGUACAUGUCUCCUUCCCUUGACAUUAUUAGAGAAACAUUUGAAGAAAAUCAGAAACUGCGAGAAAAGGUGUUACAUUCUUCGAAAAUUUUAAAUCUGGAAAAGAAUGCCCAAAGGAACAAUAAUAAAAUAUCAACUGAGUGUCAAAUGAACGAUAUUCUGAACUGUCUAAGUACAUUAAUAUGCUAUGAGAAAAAUGCACUUUGGAACAAUCUAUACAAACAAGAUAAAGACAACACGGGGGUAAUUCACAUAAAUAUAUGGAGGGAGGAACUGGAAAAAUUGACCAAGACGAAAAAAGUGCCAUGGAUAUAUCUUUGCAAAAAACUAAAAAUGAUAGAAAAUAAUCAUGUUAAUUAUAACAGCAUAUUAAACAGAUUUAAAAUAAAUUAUGAACCAAGUCAUAAUUUUGUUAACAAGGAAUGGAAAAAUGAAUGCUUCCAGCAUUUGUACGAAGCUUUACUUAAAGCUGAUUUGAGUUUAAGAGAAACUUUAAUGGUAUUUGACAAAAAUUUGGAUGGGAAAGUUUCUUUUUCUGAAUUUGAACAAGUGCUUAAGGACUUAAACAUUGGCCUGUCGAAUGAACAAAUUCGCAUUUUAGUUAGACUGAUCAACAGCAAUUCACUUUGUAACAAGGAGAGUGUACAGGAAAAUGAGAAAAUCGACGUUGCAGAAUUUAUCGGGAAAAUGCGAGUAUGCUAUCGAUUAGCCAUAAAUAAAGAAUAUGUAAACAACGAGAAAAUAACCAAACUUAUUGAAACUAUAGGAAAACAUAUACUUGCGGAUAGUGCAGACACAGCUAAUUUCCAUUACAAAUUUUAUGAAGACAGUAAUGCACGAGGUGGAUCUGAAAGAAGAAAAAGAUCCAGUGUAAUUAAAUCUGUUGCCUUAUUUCAGAAGUUUAAAAACUACGAUCAUUUUGGAAAUGGGUACCUAGAUUAUGAAGACUUCGUGAGAGCAAUUAAAAAUUUCGACAUGAAUAAGAUUAGUAAAGAUGUAGAUUUUGAAGUGGAUGACGAAAUUUUAAUGGAGCUAGCCAAAUCCAUAGAUAUAACAAAAUCGUCCAAGAUUAACUUCUUAGAAUUUUUGCAAGCCUUUUACGUUGUGAACAAGAGCAAAUAUUCCUACGUGGACGAGAUAUGGUGCCACAUAUGCACCGUGAUUUACGAAAACAAAGUUGCCUUGAAAAAAUGCAUGAACUACUUGGAAGACACGAUGCAGGGGAAAAUAGCUAGUAUACACUUUCGAUACAUUCUGCUGGAGUUGAACAAAAUCCUAGAAGAGAACAAGCAUGAAAUGAAAAAGCCCCUAACAGACGAACAGAUAGACCUUCUUUCAUACACCGUGGAAACUGACGAUAAAAUAGACUACGUAGACUUUUUGAAUUCAUUUAAACCUGUGUAUUACAUAUAA